AGGAGUCCCGACACAAACACACGCGCAGUGUCUUGCUGUAAAAUUCCACUUAGUAUUUAUGGUUUACAGUUGCAGGUACACUGUCGAAACCAAACGUCUAGAUUCCAGCAGGUAACGUUAGGCUACGCUCCUCCACCACAAACUGAAACUAAUCUUCGAGUACAUGGAGCUGGAUCGGCGACUGCUGCUGGCUCACUGCGCCGCCCACACCCUGUCCGUCAUAGCUGGACUCUUGGUGGUCGUGCCGCUCGCUUUAAACGGAUCCGCUUUCAAGGGAAGGUGCGCGCUGUUUAGUCAAGGCUUCUGGAGGACGGAGAACUUCACGGUGGGCGAGGAACAGUCCAGAACGGUCACUCAUUUGGUGGUACAACAAUGGGGUCCAUUAGCGGCGUGCCAGUUCGCCACAUUUGUCGGUGUGUUCACGGUGUUGUACGGCGCUGUUCAGGGCUGGAGGAGCCUGUUCUACCUCCAUCGGCGGCAUGACGACACGCUGUUCUCUGCCUUCCUCACGCUACUGUUGAGUCUGUGUGUGCUCUUCCUCUCUGGAGGGGCCAGUGUUACUCUCACCCUGGGCCUGGUGUCCUGGUGCAACACCGUUACAGACCACAACACCAGAUCCUACAGUUGUGCUGAGUCACAGUCCGUUCCUCUUUAUCUGGACGUUGAGACAUCCUCUUUCUACUCUGAGCUCAAUUGUGCGCAGAUCUCUCUGUGGUGUGUAACGGCUCUGUGGUUGGCUCACUCUAUUCUGUCCUUCCUGAGGCUCUAUCAUUCCCACAGUCAGCAGAUUAGCGGACCGUGUUUAUCCAGGGAGAAGGAACUCCUCCUGGGCCAAACUCAAGUGGAGUGUCCCAUUCAUCAUCCGCAUCCACACUCGCACCCUUCACACACUCCCAGUGUUUUUAUCUAGCCGUUUAUUUAGUGUUCAUAGAAGUUGCACUUUGAGGUUGAUCUAAGGCCAGUUUUAUUGAUUGGAAAGAAGCAACAAGAAGACUGGUCCAAGAUUAGCGUAAAAGGGAAUUUUACUUCUAAUCUAAACAGAAAACCCCACACGUCUCAUGCAUGUUACACAAAGAAUAACCUCAGUAAUCAGAAUUAGCCUGGGUUUUAUCUAUUCGUUACUUUUUAUGCAUUUGUUGAGACGUUUUUGUCAUGUAGCUUUGUGCUUACAUUGAGGUAAAAUGUCUUGUGUGCACCCAUUUAUAACUUU